AAAUCACUGAUGGCGUCACUUCUUGCGUCGCCUCAUUAUAGAUGAAUGACAUUUUUCUGUAUUGAGGAAGUGACUCGACAGAGGAAUAAUAGCAGCGCUCAGACCAGACCAGCCUGAGGAGAGCAUAUGUCCGUCUGUCCCUCUGUCUGUCCGCCUGUCUAAUGAAUAACCCCCCUCCUUCUUGCCGGUGCUGAUGACAGGUUGAUACGGACCGGGACACCAUCAGUUGCUCAGGAUGCGUUUAAGUGCUGCUGUUUUUCUGAUCAGCUGAUCAGAGGAUCCGUCCAGAGAAGAAACGCAGACAGAACAAGCUGGUGUUCAUCAAUAAGACAUAACCAUCUAAGCCUCCAGCUCUUGCAGAUGGUAAAGAUGAGCUGGGCCACUGGUACACAAUGUGUUGCAAAGGGAGGCCACAGGAAGCCCAAAUCUGGAGAAUUGGCUUAUCACAAAGGGGACAUCAUCACUAUUAUCGACACAAGCACAAAAAAAGGCUAUUACAAAGCCCGACACAAUGGCACAGGAGAGGAAGGUCUCAUCAACUCCAACAGUGUACGUGAACGAGAGGCGCUGCGAGUUGACUCCAGCCUCAGCCUCAUGCCCUGGUUUCAUGGGAAGAUUUCGGGUCCAGAAGCAGUUUAUAAGUUGCAGCCUCCUGAGGACGGCCUUUUCCUAGUGCGAGAGUCCAUCCGUCAUCCUGGCGACUACGUCCUGUGUAUCAGCAUCUGCAGAGAGGUCAUCCACUACCGGGUCAUUUAUCAGGACAAUAAACUGACCAUCGACAACACACAGUAUUUCUUCAACCUCAUCGACAUGAUCGAGUUUUACUCAAAGAACAAAGGAUCUAUUGCUACAACUCUACUGAAGCCUAAACCGAAACAAGGAACCAAGUCAGCAGUGUUAGAGCUGUCAAAAACUGGAUGGCUGCUGGACAUAACAAAACUCACACUGGGAGAGAACAUCGGAGAGGGCGAGUUUGGGGCGGUUUAUGAAGGGGAAUACAUGGGCCAGCGGGUGGCAGUAAAGACCAUUAAAUGCGACGUCACGGCUCAGGCCUUCCUGCAGGAGACCACAGUCAUGACGAAACUCCAACAUAAAAACCUGGUGCGUUUAUUGGGUGUCAUCCUUCACAAAGGGUUGCAAAUUGUCACUGAGCUCAUGACCAAGGGAAACCUUGUAAACUUUCUGAGGACCAGAGGUCGUUCAGUUGUAAACUCAGCCCAGCUGCUACGUUACGCACUUGAUGUGUGUGAAGGGAUGGAGUAUCUGGAGUUCAAGAAACUGAUUCACAGAGACUUGGCAGCUCGUAACAUCUUGGUCUCUGAUGACAACGUGGCCAAGGUCAGUGACUUUGGACUGACCAAAGUGGACGCCAAAGUGUCUGACAGUGCCAAGCUGCCAGUCAAAUGGACUGCCCCUGAAGCUCUGAAGAAAGAGAAAUUCUCCACCAAGUCCGAUGUUUGGAGUUAUGGCAUUCUUCUGUGGGAGAUCUUCUCUUAUGGUCGUCAGCCAUAUCCAAAGAUGUCUCUGAAGGAGGUGAAGGAGAGUGUGGAGGGGGGCUAUCGCAUGGAUGCCCCUGACGACUGCCCUCCUGGAGUUUUCGCCCUCAUGAAGCUUUGCUGGGAACAUGAACCACGCAGAAGACCCGCUUUCCACAAACUGCGAGAAAAACUGGAACAACAAAUGGCUAAACACAGCCCGGACCCUUGGUCUGAACCUCAGGAUGAAAUCAGAUCUGGAUGCUGAAUUUGGAACUCAGAAACAGCACGUCUGCCCUUGAAAUAUAUUCUGUUGACCCCCUUUGUGGUGAUGAAACCACAAAGUUUAAAUGCAAACUACUGGAUUUCUAAUAAACUACUGGGUGGUACAAAAAAAAACACUCCAGGGAGAGAUUAAUGUCUGGAGUUAAUGGAAUUAAUUCUGUGGCAAGUAAGAUGAACAGACAUCACACUUUUUCCACACAGUUUAGAACUUGAAGUGGAAAAUGUGUGAUGUUUUAUAAUAAAUGUACUAUAAUAAAGGAUUAAUAAAUGGUUCAUAAAGAGGACAUUAAUUGGGUUAUAAUAAACACAUAGCUUUCAUACACUGAAUGAGGUUCACUAUUUAGCACGAUUGGUACUGUUAAAUUUUUCUACUUUCUAACCUUACCUUUUCUUGUCCCUUAGGUCUUCAGUAUAUUAAACUAUUCACUAGAGCUAUUGCAGUUUAUGACCUGCAAAAGAGGUUCCUUUAUAUAACUCAUUUACGAUACCAACACAGAUCAGGUACCACCAACAACAAUGUGAGUUUACAUUUUAUAGAUCAUAAUACUUAAUUCACAAGAGUAGAGUGCCCAUGUUUUGCUUAAAUUUUUAGUUAAAGCAUUGCUGGCACAAGUUAUCAGAAAAGUACACUCUUACCAACAGGUCAUGAAAUGCAGCCACUGGGGAAGUGUCUUUCUAAUAUCUAAUAUCGGUGACAGCCACUGGGACUGGCUCCAAAAAUUAUAGACGUAGACUGAAUCCCCCCCCCCCCCGAGAGUCACUCUGGUCUUAUAUGUUUUAUUUGGACCUUUUGAAGAUGGAUCACUAGAUAACUUUGUUGUCAGGCUUUGACUCUUUGUUGGUAAUUGUUAGCAUGUGAACUGCCUACAGUCUUCUCACCAUUUAUAUGAGCGCUUCUCUCAUUUCUACAUCUCUCAUGUUUAUCAUUUCUUCUCAGUUGCAGUCCACCUCACAGCACAAAUCAUUGAUUUCUGAACUGUAGUUUUGAAGCCAGUGGUUUAGGAUUUUUUUCUGAUGGCAUACUGGCAUUUUUGUAACUGGAAGUACACUGUACUUGGAUUAAAGAGGUGGAGGCACAGGAGUAUGACAGAUCAGAACCAUCUGUGAUGGAUCAGGGUUGAGCUGAUGCUAAACCCAACCUCUGGAUCUGACGUAGUAAAACUGGAAGCUAAUGCUGAAAUUUGAGGUUAAAACCAUAAAGGUUAAUGAUGGCUCGCUACGUGGCAAAGUACAGGUCAUAAUUGUUUUUGUUUUCUAAUGUGUUGUAACAGCUUAUUCAUGAUUUAUAAAGUUUUUGCACCUGAUUUUAUAAGAUUUUAAACUAUUAACUACUAUCCCCAAUAAAUAUUUCAAAGUGAUACUGUGAGACUGUCAUACAAACAUUGAAUUCAUCUCACAUUGUAAUGAACAACCACUAAUUAAUACAUCAACCGCAAAAAACAUGUUCUUCAGAAUCAUACUGCUGAUAAUACAAUGUACCACUGUGGUGAUUAAGCAUGAAAGUAAUCAGGAACUACAAAAAUGUAUUGCACAUACUUCACAUUUAGCAGGUCUAUUUGUACAGCACUGUUUAAAAAUAGGGAAAAUAACUGAGGCCUGGUGUAAAUAUCAGGCAGCGUGUGAACACAGGCUGAGUUAAUACCAGUUAAUACCGGGAACAGGAAAUGCAUAGAAGAAGGAGGACAGCAAUCAAAUUGAGGAAAAGGAAAAACAAUAUUUAUCCGAAAUUUAAUCACAGAUCAUACAAAUCGGCUUACAGCCCAGUAUUUAAUAUUCAGCAACUCAAGGUUUAAACAUAUUUAAGGCUAUUGCUUUUAUGAAAUGUACUAAUAUUUUGUAUUAAACAGCAUUAUAGUUCAUUUGCUUAUUUGGAAUUUAGUUAAUUUUACCAAAUGUUUCCAGUUAUUUUCCCAAAAAUAGAAAUAACAUUCCUUGUCCUUCAUUCCUUUGGUGCGUACAGUGGACAUUGAUUGAAUUGAAGUUUAAUUUACAUCUUGUAAAUCUUUUGUAAAUAUUGCAUCUAUUUUUACUUUCUCUGUCAUUUUAUUACAUAAGUUUUUGAAAUGAUAAGAUCCUGUUAUCCACCAUCCCCCUGGGAUGUUUGGUUUUCUGUGGGUACAGAAUGAUUUAUACUCUAUCUGCAGAUGCAAAAGAUUUUGAACUUCAAAUGUGUAUUUUAUAUAUUCUGAUAUAUAUUCUGUUUAUUAAAGUACAUUUGUUCACGCUAUUUAAUAUCCUAUAUUAAUACAAUUUAAAGGUAGUUUGUCUUUUCUUAUAUUCAAAGAAGAAAUUACAGAUGUCACAUUUAAGUCUGCGUAAGCUUGAUAUUUGUCCCUGUCCCAGGAGAUCGACACAAAAAUUGAGGUUUGAUCCUCUGUUAGUUGUUAUCAUGAAAUAGACUACAAGGAAGGGUCUGCCACGAUUUGUUCAAUCUACUCUGUGAUUUCCGGAAGCACUCUAAUGGUAUGAGCUACAAAAGCAUUUAAGAGAAAAAAAAAUGUACAAUCAACAAAAAUAUAUAAAUAAAAGAUGUGUCCCCUUUUAUCAUG